UUAAUUCUCUAUUCUAUCUGUCUACGGUUUCAUUCAACCACAUUCAAGUUCAUAAUUUUAAAAGGUGUGAUGCGAUAUUGGGAUUGCAUUUAGUUGGAUUCUAUACAAUAUUCUGCGAUGAGGUAGCAUCGGUUAAAUAAGCAUAACAUCAAACAAUAAAAUAUUAUGCCUUAAGUUAUUGUGUCACAAGAAAGAUCUUGAAAAUGCCGAACAUGAGUAAAUCCUCGGUUGUCAAUGAAGAGUAUGAGGUAAUUGGAGACCCACAAUGGCAGGUCUUCGAAAAUCUCAUAGACGAUCAAAUCAUCAGGAUCCGCGGUUACAAGUAUUCGAAAUUGCGGUCGAUAUUAUUUCAUUCAGUCUGCCUCGCAUUAGGUGGGCUGCCGUAUUUUGCAUUAAGUAAUUAUCCUAAGUAUUACAAAUUGCAAUACAUAAAAAGCAGUUUGAAACUUGCUAAUGUCAUCUGCGGAAAAUGUGUAUCGCACCCCGAGGAUAAAUUCGACAUGGAACCUGUCCAUGAAGUGGACCUCAAUCUCUCCAAUCACCGAGAUAACAAAUUGCGCUUCUUCAUUUAUCAACAUAACCGCUAUGUUUGGCUGAGUGACCAUGGAGUUUUUAUCAACGUACAAACUCUUAAUGAAAAAAUGACUAUCAAUUUGUUAAUGGAGAACACUUGUGGCAUUAAUAAACGGCAGCAGAAUGAAUUAUUAAAGCUCUAUGGUUAUAAUUCCGUAGAAGUGGAUGUGAAGAGUUACUGGGCGUUAUUCACAAACGAAGUCUUCAAUCCAUUCUAUUUAUUCCAAAUAUUUUCCAUUGUGCUGUGGUCGCUGGAUGAAUACUAUCAAUAUGCAACCUGCGUGUUUUUCCUCUCCCUGGGCUCUUGCAUGCUGGCAUUGUACCAAACUAAACAGAUGAGUAUAAAGUUGCACGAGAUGGCGUCGUCCACGAACGCGCUGACGGUGCGCGUGGUGCGGCCGGCGCGCGGCGGCGGGCGCGAGGAGUGCGUGGUGGCGAGCUCGCGGCUGGUGCCGGGCGACGUGCUGGUGCUGCCGCCCGACGGCUGCGUCAUGCCGUGCGACGCCAUGCUCAUCGCCGGCUCCUGUAUCGUCAACGAGAGCAUGCUCACCGGCGAAAGCGUACCAGUAAUGAAGGGGCCGCCGUGUCUCAGCUCCGAGGUGUAUUCGACGGAAACUCACAAGCGGCAUACAUUGUUCGCGGGCACGCAUGUUAUACAAACUCGCUUCUAUGGCAACAAUCAGGUUUUGGCUAAGGUUGUGCGCACUGGCUUUUAUACAGCAAAAGGAGAAAUGAUUAGAAGCAUUCUGUUUCCCAAACCAUUUGUAUUCGAGUUCUACAAGGACGCCGUCAAGUUCGUCAUUUUCAUGUUCUGUAUCGCCGCUGUUGGAAUGACGUAUUCCGUUUGGCUGUAUAUAUUGCGUGGGAGUUCAGCUGGCACGAUCCUGCUGCGCACGCUGGACAUCAUAACGAUCGUGGUGCCGCCCGCGCUGCCCGCCGCCAUGACGGCCGGCAUCGUGUACAGCCAGCAGCGGCUGCGCGCCAACCGCGUCUUCUGCGUCUCGCCCGCGCGCAUCGUCAUCUGCGGCAAGCUGCAGGUCAUGUGCUUCGACAAGACGGGAACCUUGACGGAGGACGGUCUGGAUCUGUACGCGGUGAUCCCGGCGUCAAACGACGACAAGUUCGGUCGCUGCGUGGUGGAUAUAAACAACCUGUCCACCUCCAGCCCGCUGGUGCAGGCGCUGGCUUCCUGUCACUCCCUCACCAGCAUACAAGGGGAAUUGAAAGGAGAUCCUUUGGACUUGAAAAUGUUUGAUUUCACUCAAUGGGUGCUGGAGGAGCCCGGGCCGGAGAACAACCGCUAUGAUAACCUGAUCCCCGCCGUGGUGAAGCCGCCGUCCACCAUCAAUGGAAACUCGCAAGAUUUGGACAGCUAUGAUACACUCAUGGAUAUGCCUUAUGAGAUUGGUUUGUUGCGACGAUUUCAUUUUUCAUCCUCUCAGCAAUCAAUGGGUGUAAUUGCGCGAGUGCUUGGACAACCGCAAAUGGUGUAUUUCGUUAAAGGCGCGCCAGAAAAGGUAGCCGGUAUGUGCGAUCCUAAAUCGCUGCCGGAGAAUUUCAGCUCGAUCUUGCACGAGUACACGUCUAACGGGUACCGUGUGAUCGGGCUCGCUCACAAGAUGCUGGACCGCAAGAUGAAGUGGGUGGACGCGCAGCGCGUGCGCCGCGAAGCCCUCGAGUGCGACAUGGCCUUCCUCGGCUUCCUCGUCAUGCAGAACAGCCUCAAGAAGGAGACCACCGAAGUUAUCAGGGAGCUACAUGAUGCGCAAAUCAGACAGAUUAUGGUCACAGGUGAUAACAUAAUGACGGCGAUGUCUGUGGCCCGCGGCUGCAACAUGGUGCAGCCGCACCAGAAGCUGGUGCUCAUCACCGUGGGCACGCACUACGCCGACGACUCGCGCCCGCCGCUGCAUAUGGAAGUGGUCGGUGAGAACAGCCCGGCAUUGCUGUCAAUGGAGUCAUACGUGAUAGCGCUGGAGGGCAAGACGUGGGCCGUCAUCCGCGCUCACUAUCCUGAAAUGAUGACGACAGUCAUCAAGAAAGGCAUGGUGUUCGGGCGGUUCGGGCCCGACCAGAAGACGCAGCUGGUGGCGGCGCUGCAGCAGGCGGGGCUGGUGGUGGGCAUGUGCGGCGACGGCGCCAACGACUGCGGCGCGCUCAAGGCCGCGCACGUCGGCAUCUCGCUCUCGGAGGCCGACGCCUCAGUGGCGGCGCCGUUCACGUCGAAGGAGCAGAACAUAAGAUGCGUGAAGCACCUGGCGCUGGAGGGCCGCUGCGCGCUCAGCACCUCCUUCGCCAUCUUCAAGUACAUGGCUCUCUACUCGCUCAUACAGUUCUUCUCUAUUCUCAUACUCUACAAUUACUUCUCGAUCCUGGGCAACAAUCAGUUCCUGUACAUCGACCUGGUGCUGACGACGCUGCUGGCGCUGUCGCUGGGGCGCGCGGCGCCGGGCCCCGUGCUGACGCGGCAGACGCCGGCCGUGUCGCUGGUGGCGCUCGCCAGCAUCCUGCCGCUGCUGGCGCAGGUGCUGCUGGUGCUGCUGCUGCAGCUCGCCUCGCUCUAUCUGCUGCACGCGCAGCCCUGGUACCAUUCAGUGCAAGGCGACGGGAAAGUGGAGCAGGUGCUGUUGUGGGAGAACACCGUCAUCUUCAUCGUCAGCUCCUUCCAGUACCUCGUGCUGGCCUGCGUCUACGCCAAGGGCUGGCCCUUCAGGGAGCCCUUCUGCUCGAACUAUUACAUGGUGCUGACGCUGGUGAGCCAGUUCGCGUUCGUGCUGAUCCUGCUGCUGUGUCCGCUGGGCUGGCUGGCCGAGCUGAUGGAGAUCAUGCCGGUGGAGCUGCACGACAGGGACCAGACGUACUUCCGAAUCUACCUCCUCAUCAUACCCAUCCUGCAUCUCGUGCUGGCCAUUGCCAUCGAGGCAACCCUAUCUGAAGUGGACAAGGUGGGCGCGUUCUUCCGCACGUUGCGGCGACGCUGCGCGGACAAGGAGGACGCGGCCGACCUCACCUGCCCGCUCUGGCUGCCCGACCCCGCCUCGCCCGUCUGCUGACUGACAACUGACACACUAACAAUGAUUUUAACCUUACUUUACCUUCGCUGACAUAUAUCUGCUAGACAGGCUUGUACUUCAUAAAGAGCGUGCACCUUUUUUUAACAAAAACGUGGCAAAACGCAAGUGACCAACGAAAAAAAAUAGCGAAGCGACCGCUGCCCAUAGACAUCCGCAAUUGCAGAUGCGUUGCCUACCCUAAAUCAACAAAGGAGACGCACACAAAGAGGUUAUUUCCCCUUCCUAUGCGCCUCCUCUACCGCUAAAUACAUUUUCCCAUCCAAUUCUUUAUAAGAAAAGGGAGGAAUGAGAUAGGGACUAAAAUGAGGCCUCCUGUAAACUAUCGCACAACUGUUGUCUCACUUUGAUUCCAAUGAAUUUUCGGAGGUUCGCACACUACUCAAUUUUAGAUAAGCAACUAAACAGUUGAAUGUGCUGCGAAACUAUCUACUAUCGGACAACAAUUGUGCGAUAUUUCAGUCAAAGGUGUGCGCCAGCUCUUGUAGUACAAAAGCGACGAAUUCAAAAAUAGCACGGGUUUUAGUCUGUCCAGUGGAAUAUAGUGUUCAUAAGGAUAAUUUCUAGCGGCUGUAGGGUAUCAAGCCGACAAUGUUUUCAAUUUUCUCUAUUUAUUGUGUCUACAUAUACUUAGUCAUACGGUAGCCCACAGGCGAUAAAACUUACUCGAUUUAAUGUAGAAUUUACAAUGUUAGUAUACAUAUUACAAAUAUUCUACAAAUAAUUAGUAAAUGUAUUUUAAUGUGGGUUUUCACUGAUUAAAAACAUAAUUAUCCUCAAUCUUUUUGUCUCUCGUAUUUUGAGAUGGUGCAGUGAACAUCCACGGUUGUAACGAUUACUUAAUUUUUAUUUAUUUAAUAAUCCGACUCUGUCGUAACAAUAAUAUCUAUUUGGAGAACCUAAUAUGUUACCACAAAUGUGUGAUAACUAGGAAUUGUAUACUAUGCCUAAGAAAAGUAUAUGAUUCCGAACCUGUUUUGGCGAUAUUUGUAAUGUUUUUUCAAAGGCUUCAAAACUUGAUGGCACGCGUGUGUACUUACAAAUAUUCUACAACCAAUGUACUUAUCCUUGUACUUAGGAAACUUAAUUUGAAUGUACUAUAAAUAUUUUUUUAGAUUGAUAUUUGUUACUAUUAUUAUCUCCAGAAUAUCUCAAAAUAUCUCGAUGAUGUGCCAGAUGGGAAACAAAUGGGCAAAAACUAGUAAAAAAAAUAUUACUGUGUUCCUAUUCCCUGAGGUUAUUUUGUGUAUGAAGUUGCUAAAAUUAAUAUAUAAGAUAUGAAAACUACGUCAGUCCCAGUUCCGAAAUAAAACUAUUUCUAUAUAUUUAUUUGUCCUAUCUGGACAGGAAAGCUUUAAUCUAUUAUUGGUUAUUGUUACGACAAAGUGGACAAAAUAGUUUUUCAAUAAACUUUUUCAGUAAAUUAAGAAUCAUUUAAACUGCUUUUUUUAUACGGUUUUAAAAUGAUUUUGUGUUAACUAUCAAAUCUUGUAUUAAAACAAUAUUGCGAUUAUAGAGUUCAAAAUGACAAAAGUUUUCAGUUUAUUUUAAAUAAUUUCAUUAAAAAUUUAACUAUUUUUAACAAUAAUAUUUGGAAAAUAUAUAACAGUAACCUGGCAGGGUAAGCAGAGAUAAGAUUCCCGUAUGUUGCGAUUUUGGAACGCCGCUAAAUAUUACUGCAAAAAAACUUAAUUUUUUACUUUAAAAAGGCAAUUGCUUCCUUUUUAUAGUGACAAAAAUUCAAUAUUCCUAAGCAAUAAUAUGCCUCUAAUUAUUUCCUAAAUGUAACCUGUAAUUGUACUUAUAUUUAUUUGUAAAUAUCCACUACGUAUAUUUAAUUUUAUUG